CUACGGUAGAACCUUCAACAUUCGUCUGAGUGUACACAAUGUCAGUUCUACAGGGUUUUCAGUUUCAGUAUUCCAGCCUUCCCGAUCCGGCUGAUCAACCACCUCGCUACUUCAACAUUCUGCCCCAUCGCCAGUCUAACCUUAGUGAUGAGCAUUACCAGGCAGGAGAUUCUGGCCUCGGCGGGCUGGUAUGGCUCAUGAACAAGAGCGGAACUGCAGCACUCAGGCCCAAACGCGACCAUAUUCUUAAAUGGGGCAUGCCGGAGCUUUCUCCAAAGAAUGUACGCCUUCUCGCGCCUUUGCUAGAUCUCGUGUUGAGCUUGCAUGAUGUCAUCGAUACCCUGGACGAUAAGGGCCAAGAGGCCAUUUAUGACGACUUACUACUUUCUAUUCUUACCUUCUGGAAGCUGGGCGCGACUCCCAAACUUAAUCAGGGGAGAAGGGACAAGCUAAUCGAGCUCCUCUUGGGCCCCAUUAUCAACGGUCGGCCGGAUCUCAAGGAGCGUUUCUUCAAAGCACUUCUAGUUGCAGUCAGUGCUCGGUCGGUGCAGCCUGAUCAUGGAAUGACAUUUGAAGAAUUCAAGAAGGUUCAAAUAAAGCAGGCUGAGGCAAAGACCGGAUUCGACCUAGCCAUGCUUUUCCAAGGCUAUCCUAUAUCUGAGGAAGAGCAAGCAUCCGUCUCACAACUGCGACAACACGGCUACCUGAGUGCGGCGCUCUCCAGUGACUUUUACGGGUUCGAGAAGGAAUAUCACAGGCAUGCUGCAGCUGACACAGUCGAUCGAUUCCACAAUUCGGUUGCGAUUCUGAUGAUUCGGUAUGGCUACAAUGAAGACGAGGCAAAGGCAAUCCUGAAAAGCGAAAUUCUCGACGCCGAAAGGAAACUUCUGGACGGGUAUCAGGAGUGGGAAGCAUCUUCUGAGCCCAAAUCGGACAACCUGCGCGCGUAUAUGGGAUUCUUUAUUCUCGCAAUCGGUGGCUGUAAUUACUGGCAGUCGUAUUCACUGUGUGACCACGUGGACGAAGUAGAGCAUUCCAUGGGAGUCCGGGCGCAGCUUAUUGGAAAGACUGAUGGAAAUAUGCUGCGGUUAGAAGGUUAUGCACCGCCAGCUACGGUUGGAAUCAACGAGCAUUCAUCCGUGGACGAGAAACCAUGCAUGUGUUCGGCAUCGCAAAACGCGCAAAAUCAACAUCCUGAUGAGCGGAAGGAGAUUGAAAGUCCUAACUCGACCUCUACCUAUGACAUUCUCGCUCCGUUUCAAAAGACCGUCACGGAAAAGAAUUGCACCGACCCCUACACGUAUACGAAAUCUCUUCCCGGGAAGAAUACUAUCGGAAAGUUUCUCCAUAGUCUGAAGCCAUGGUUUCCAGUAUCCGAUAACUCUCUUUUGGUCAUAACCGAGAUUAUGAACAUGCUUUUCACGUCCUCCCUGAUGCUGGAUGAUAUCGAGGACGGCUCCCAUUUGCGACGCGGACUGCCGGCUGCUCACGUCAAGUUCGGCCUAAGUCAGACUGUCAACUCCGCGACGUAUCUAUUUGGAAAGGCGGUGGCGUUGGCAGGUAGACAUCUGCGGCCGGAAUGUCCCGCUGUUACUAUGAACGAGCUUGAGAUUCUCACCUUAGGCCAGGGAAUGGAUCUGAACUGGACGUUUCUCAAGAAGUGUCCAACGGUCAGCGAGUACCUCAUCAUGAUAGAUCACAAAACUGGUGGAUUUUUCCGUCUGGCAUUGCAACUGAUGCAGGUGGAUGCGGACGUCCAGCCAAAUGAUAACCUCAUGCAUUUGAUCACACUGAUGGGAAGAUACUAUCAAAUCCGCGACGACUAUCAGAAUCUCGCAUCGGAAGAGUAUACCGCCAAGAAAGGAUUCUGCGAUGAUCUGUCGGAGGGGAAAUUCUCCUUCCCUCUCAUCCACCUGCUGCAGCAGAGCCCGAACGCAGAUGUUCUUCGCCAAUUACCCAUUUUCGGCGCGGACGGGCAACGAGACGAGGUCUCCGAAGCGACCAAGCUGGACAUCCUCGACGAGAUGAAAAGAACAGGAAGUCUUGAGCACACGCUUGAUGUUCUCAACCAGCUGUUCGACUCCAUGCUCGCCACUCUCGACACGGUCGAAAAGCAGAUGGGACCGAACAAGAAACUCCGCUGCUUGAUCCUCCUAUUGAAGUUGUGAUCGACCGGAUGACGAGGGCCAUGCAUAUAUGUGAUGGGUGAUAUGUAGGGCUAAGCCCCGGUUAUCCCUGCAGCAUCCUGCGCAGAUGUAACUAAGGAGACCAUUCCGUGUUUCCACGGUACUAGCGGGAUCCAUCCUGUGGGCAUAAUCCUAUCACGUUGCC